UCUGUUCCGCUUUUGGCUUGUGCUUGUGAGAUAUUCUUGCUAGGCAGGAAGACAAUGAUUAACUCCAAGUAUAACCGCGUUUUUUUAAAACUUGAUGAAACAGACAGUCACGUCACAGCGACUGCAAAUCAGACACUGACAUGUGUUUUUGUCUCAAAGCGUAAAGUUUGUGUAAAAAUAACAGGCUUCACAUCGUUGUUACGUUAGUUCCCACACAGCAGCGCAGCGCAGCGAGACGACCACCGACACCGGGACGAGUUGCUUUCUGUUUCACACGAGGAACUUAGUGCGACCACUCCCCAAGAGCAAGUAAGUCGCGAACAAUGCCAUCAAGAAACCAUCUUGACAAAAUCGGUAGGAAGAAGAAGAAGAAAUGGACAGAGGAGGCCAUGGAGCGGGCCUUGAUCGAGGUGAAAUCGGGGAGGUGUACAGUGCGACAGGCUGCCAAGGAGUUCGAAGUCCCCAAAUCUUCACUGGGGGACAGAGUCAGUGGACGGGUGACACCAGGGAGCCGUAGUGGGCCGGCCCAGCUUAUCACGUCUGCUGACGAGGAGCUGUUAGUGGAGUUCUCCUUGUACAUGUCCAGGCAUGGAUUUCCACUAACCAAGCAGCAGCUGGUGUCCUUCGCCUCAUCCAUUUAUAAGCGGCAGCAUCGGCGGGUGGCAUUUUCCAAACUGGGCCAGACCUGGUGGCUCAAUUUUAGAAAACGGCAGGAGAAGAACAUUACCAUUCAGCAGGCAGACAGUGUUGUCCGUGGGAGGACGGUGUGUGUGAGGAAGGAAGCGGUGGAUCAGUUUUUUCAUUUGCUGAGCACUGUCAUGGACACUCGUGGGCUCAGAGACAAGCCUCACCAAAUCUUCAACUGCAAUGAGACGGGCUUUCAACUGGGCCGGAAGAGAGUGAUUCUUCCCAAGCCUGCCAGUCUUGGCUACAAGCCAAUGACGGGUUUGAGGGACCACAUCUCCGUCCUGGCUUGCUUUAGUGCCGCUGGAGAGGACAUUCCCCCAUUUAUUAUAUACUCAAAGGCCUAUCCAGGGGGAGUAUGUUACAAGACACAAGGGCCACCAAAUGCCCUCUACGGGUGGUCGGGCUCAGGGUGCAUCAACUCCGACCUCUUUAAGAAAUGGUUCCUCAAACACUUUCUUUUGCACGCACCAAAGGAGCGUCCACUGCUGCUGAUUUUUGACGGCAACAAGUCGCCCGUGAACCUAGAGGUGGUGGAGGCAGCUCGCAAAGAGGACGUCAUCCUUCUGUGCCUUCCGUCUCACUGCUCUCACAUCCUGCAGCCGCUCAACGCAGGUCUGUUUGUGCUACUGAGGCAGCGUUUUGCAGCACUCCUAGGGGAUGGCUGCGCCACCGAUACUCACUUUGCAAUAAGCAAGAAGGAGUUCUCGGGUGUAUUUAAAGCGACAUAUCAGGUAGCAAAGGAAGAGGAGGGUGCCAGGAUUGUCAAGGAAGGCUUUAGGAAAUGUGGCAUCUACCCAUUGGACCACUUUGUUGUCAGUGAAGGUCAUUUAAUGCCAUCACACAGCAUGGACUCAGCAGCUGACCCUACCUUCAGCACAUCAGCACAGGGGGUGCACACUGUAGAGGAGCUCACAGCUGCUAGACCCUCCUUGUAGCUCAUUACUCCCCAAGAUUAUCACUUGGAGGAUUUAUCUGAGGAAAGAACAUUCCUGCAGAGUUCGUAGUUUGUCAUCUCACAGAGAAAAAACGAGUGUGUUAUAUUAAUUACUCGUCAAAGUUUUGUUCGGAUUUAGUAAUUGAGUAAUAAUGUUUGAAUGCUGCAAAACAGUGGUUCCCAGCUCGUGGAGCUCCCAAGAUAAAACUUGAAGAAGCCAAAAUAUUUUCAAAUAAAAUUCUGUUGUUAAUUUA